UCCAAUCACUUCAAGGACUUAACGUUUGUUUGUUUGACUAUAAAGUUGUCGUCAAAAAAGUAUUGUUGUGUUUGACUCUUAAAAGCAAUCGUUUAUUAUUUAGACAUUAAAUCAAUUGAUUUGACAUUAAGUUUACAAUUAUUAUAAUCUUUCAAAUUUACGUUAUUAUUAUUACCGAAACAAUGACCGAUAGCGAUGGUUCGGGCGGUGCGGGUGACCAGUCGUGGAGAACUUCAUUGUUGAGACAAAAUGUCAGAAAUAAAAUUGAGGAAGCUAUCCGUCAGUCGGGAAAUCCAACCUCUAAAACGGUGGUUGAAAUGGAGGGACAUAUCUUUCAAAAGGCCAGAGCAAAGGAAGAGUAUCUCUCAUUUGUGGCCCGACUUAUACUUCACGUCAAAGAGAUGAAUUCAAAGAAACAACAGCCACUGUCACAGCAACAACAACAACAACAACGACAGCAACAGCCACAGCAAUCACUACAACAACAGACACGACAACAAACAAUACAGCAAAUGGUCGGCCAAAAUGAUCCCAUGGUUGGCAAUGCACAGCAAUCUGAUCCGAUGAGUGCUCUGCAGAACAUGGCUGGUCCGCAAUCAAUUAACGACAUGUCAAAUGGCAAUCCAAUGCAAUUACAGAUGAACACCAUUGGAAACGACCAAAUGAUGAACACGAAUGUCGCCUCUCCUAUGAUGAAUAAUAUGCCGAAUAUGUCUCAUCCCAUAAACAAUAUGAUGCCAAACACUAAUCAAUUACAACAAAACAGAUUAUCAAAUCCUACGGCUAUUUCUGGAGCUAGAAUGAUGAGUCAACGAGUUUUAUCACCAAAUAUUCACUCACAGAUACAACAAGUCAGAGCAAGACAUCCAAAUAUUAAUCAAAUGCCAGUUCCAAAUCAAACUGAAUCCAAAUAUUUUGAAGGACAUCCUAUGGCUAACAGUCCAUCUCAAGGACCUCCAUUUAAAAGUGGUGUUAACGGUGGUCAACAGUUUGUUCAAAAUCAAAAUCAACCUCAAAAUAAUAUGAAUCACAUGAACCCACCGACACCACAAAUGAUGCCAUCGCCAUCAGGUUACGCACCCAGUCCUUCACCAAUUAAUCAAUCACCUCAUGGAGGGCCACACAUGAGACCAGUUAGCUCUAUGAGUGCCGCAUCACCUCAAAGCAUAUCACUUAAUACUCCAGCUAAUAUAAUGAUCGCAUCGCCUGGUAAUGCCGGUGCUGGUGGUCGAGCUAAUGAGGAACAGAUAUAUUUGGAAAAGUUGAAGAAUUUGCAGAAAUAUGUGGAACCGCUUAGAAAAAUGAUAGCCCGUAUCGGACAGGACGAAUCAAAUAGAAAGAAAGAGUUGGAUAAAACAAAAAAUUUGUUGAGUAUUUUGACGGAUCCUUCGAGAAGAUGUCCGAUGACUACACUUGAAAAGUGCGAACAAUUUCUCGAAAAAAUGGACUUUAAAAUUAAGACCGAAACCACUGUUGCACCGAUCGCUGUACAACAGUCCCAUCCGCCUAAACUUCAAGAUGUCUGUCAGCCAUUACUUGACGCUAUUGCUGCCAAUAUAAAGAAGCCAUUGUUUAAUCACACUUUGCAGCGGACAUUUGGUUCGGCAGUGGCCGCUCUAACCAACAAUCCAUAUAAACAUAUGAGUCUUCCAUCUCUUAAAAGGAAAUACGAAGAAGAUUGUGAUGUCUCCGAAGUACUUCAGGGAGAGAUCGCACGAUUAGAUUCACGGUUUAAAGUACAAUUAGAUCCAUUGCAACAUUUAGGCUCAAAAGUGAUUCAUCUUAUUUGUAAAUUGGACGAUAAAGAUCUUCCGUGUGUCCCUCCCAUUGCAAUUCGGGUGCCGGACUCAUACCCUGACAGACCACCUCAAUGCUCGACCGAUAUACUAGAAUACAGUGCUUCCACUUUUUUUCAAGACAUCCAAAAGAAGUUUGAUUUGAAUAUCAAUAGAUUACCACAAAGUUAUUCAGUGACUACUUUGCUUAAUAGUUGGGAACUAAGUGUCCGACAGGCUGUCUCAUCAGCUCUCGACCCGAUUUGUGUUAAUUAGCUUUAUAUUAAGUAAAUAAAUUAUAUAUUAAUAUUUAU